AUUGACGUAAAAUGUACCUCUAUCAGUCUAGAAUUUUGUCACAUAUAUCAAAGAUAAAUUUUAGAAGUGUUUACUCUAGCUAUCGCAGAUUUAGUAAUAUUAGAAAUGUAGCCGUUGUAGCACAUGUAGACCAUGGCAAAACCACUCUUGUAGAUGAAUUUUUAAAGUGUAGCGGUGAAACAAUAUCUCAAACGCGGACUAUGGACAGUCAUGAUCUGGAACGUGAGCGAGGUAUAACCAUUACUUCCAAAGUUACCAGACUUAACUGGAAUAACAACUUACUAAACAUUGUGGAUACACCUGGACACGCUGAUUUUGGUGGUGAAGUAGAGAGAAUUCUAAACAUUGUUGAUUGCAUUUGCCUUCUAGUUGAUGUCGUGGAAGGACCGAAACCUCAGACAGGUUUUGUUUUGCGUAAAGCGCUAGAGAAUCCUCUAAUGCGAGCAGUUGUCAUUGUAAAUAAAUGUGAUAGGGAAUGUAAUAAGACAAAGAGUGAUAUUGAAAAUGAGCUGUUUGACUUGUUUGUAGACUCUAAUGCAUCAGACGAUCAGUUAGAAUUUCCAAUUUUGUAUGCAUCAGCCAAGAAUUCUAUAGUUUCUACGUCAUUUCCGCUGAUACCGGACCAAGCCACUGAUAUUUCCUAUAUACUUAAGACACUGGUAGAGACAGCACCCUCCCCAAAAUUGUCUGAUUUGGACUACUUUACCUUUCAGGUUAGUCUAAUUGAUUUAGAGGAUGGAUCUAUAUUAUUAACUGGGAAAGUUUACAGCGGGACAAUUUCCCGCGGUGCUACAUUGCAUGUACGUGACCCUCUGGGAAAUAAGAGAGGGCAAACAAUAGUCAAAGAAAUAUUUAUCGCAAAACAUGCUAAAAGAGUCAAAAUGACAGAACCGGUGCGCAUGGGUGAUAUUAUUACCAUCCAGUGUUACAAAGGGGUUACACCGUCCGUAAAUGAUACAGUAAGUAGCUCUACAGACUUUACGCCCUUAAAACCGGUAAAGGUAACCGAUCCGGUCAUAUCUGUUAUUGUUUCAGCAAAUAAUGGACCAUUGGCUGGGUCUGAUGGAAAAUUUUUGACUACCUUGGAUAUAGGAAAACGCUUGAAACGAGAAGCUCUUACUAAUUUGGCACUUCAGGUUGAAGAAUCAGGUGAUAAGACUUCGUUUAUGCUAAAGGGCAGAGGUGAAUUGCAGAUUGGUAUCUUAUUGGAAAAUAUGCGGCGUGAAGGGUAUGAAUUACUUGUUUCACCAUUAACGGCAAUAACUUUCAAAAAUGAAGAUGGGUUCCUAGUGGAAGCAUUUCAAAAACUCAUUGCUUAUGUUCCCUCUGAAUUUUCUCCACAAAUCAUAGAAAUAAUGGGUUCGCGCAAUAUAGAACUGAUCUCUUAUUCAGAACCUGAGGGAGGAAUGGAAGAAUAUCGCACUCUGGAAUUUCAUGGAAGCACUACACAAAUGUUAGGUAUAAUGUCAGUCUUGCGUGAUAUCACAAGAGGAAAGGGAGAAUUUUCGGUAUCAACCAUAGAUCACCGUAAAGUUACACAGGAGAGAUAUAAUCACAGACAGUCCGGAUGUUUGAUAGCUAGCUGUUCAGGCACGACUACCGCCUUUGGUUUAGAGCCAGUAAUGUCAAAGGGAACGUUAUUUGUAUCAGAAGGCAUGAGUGUGUACGAGGGGAUGGUAAUAGGAGAAUCAGGAACUGACAAGGAUUUGUACCUGAAUGUUAUAAAAUCAAAACCAGUUACAGGAAUGCGUAACAAGGGUCACGAACAGACUGUAAAGAUACUUUGUAAAAUACUCAAUGUAGAACAGGCUCUGGCCUUUAUAAACACCGAUGAACAACUAGAGCUCACACCAAAGCGUAUAUCUAUACGCAAAAAGGUUCUUUCAAGGUAUUGAUCGUUGAGAUAGGGUAUGUAACACUGUAGACGAGGUGUU